ACAGAUAGACAGACGUAUACAGGUAUUAUAAUAUAGAUACUAAUUAUAAUUUUUGUAUUUUUAAUAGCGAAUAACUAAAAACAGUAACACCAAAAAAGAAGACUAGUAGAAUUAUAAUGACCAAAAGGAAACACAAUAGGAGACUCUGAAGGAUUCAUGGCAACUCCAUCCACAGUAUCAGCAACAGUUCAUAACUGUAGUUAUUGGGUCCGCCUUAUGCUGGGAAAUGAUCAUUAUGUAAAGGUUGCACUGUGGCAUGUUCUCCAUAAUACAAAGCGUGAUCCCACAUAUCAAGGACUAUCACAAGAUCCUUCUAAACUUAGUAAAGAGUUGAAAGGUUAUAAAAUUGAUUUAAAUAGAUUAAAACAAAAAAGAGUGAUCAAUAAAAGACAGUGGCAAUGGUUAUUUCCAUCUGAUAACAAGCCAUGCUCAAAGGAGUUUGAUGUACCUCUCUUAGCUGUACUAAUCCAAUAUUGUACAACAUUACCACCGCCGAGAGGAGGCUGGCAUUACCCAGACCCCACUGAUGUUACUAGCAAGGCACAUUAUGUGUUGUUGGCAUGUGCUUUCAGAAAUUAUUUAUGCCAUUAUAGCAAUCCCUCGACUAUGCUUCAACCUGAAUUUUUAAUAAAGUGGAAUGAAAUGGAAGAUAUUAUAAAAGGCUUGGAAUAUAUUGUAAACACAAAUGAUUUGAAAACUGGAAGUUUAGACCCACAUUGCAGCACCAUGUUGAAUUAUUUACAAUUGAAGUUGGCUGAUUUAUUUAGUCAAAAUGAAGAUAUGACUAAUGAAAUCAAAAAUUUGAAAGAGCAAGUUAAAACUGAGGCAGAAAACAGACAGCAAGAAAUAGAUGAUGCAGUCAAACAAACGGAGGAAGUGUUUUUGAAAAACAAAUUUGAUUUUGGAAUAUCUUUGUUAGCUAGAAUGAAGUAUGAAGAUGCAAAAAGAAUCUUUGAGGAGCUUCAACACUAUGACAGAACAACAGGCAAAUUUAAUUCGUACACUUUGAAAGCAACACUGCAAAUUGGUGUUUGUUCACAAUUAAAUGGUGCAUAUUGGGAUGCAAUGGAGUUGUUUCAGGAAGUUCUUAAGCAGCAAAAGGCUGUAUAUGGUAAAUCACACAGUGAAACAUUAAAAACACAGCAAAUUAUUGGAGAGUGUUUAAUUCAUCAAGGAAAAUAUUUUGAAGCCUUUUGUAUGUUGCAUGAAACCUAUGAAGCGCAACUGAAAUUAUUUGGUUUAUUACAUUCUGAUGUUCUUACAACAAUGCAUUUCAUUGGUGUAAGUUUACGAAAACAGGGAAGGUAUUGUGAUGUGGAUAAUAAAGACCAACUCCAGCUUAAUAGCCAACUUUUGUCUGAGACAAACUAUACAGAUGUGGAAAACUAUACCAAUGCCAUGAGCAUUUUUAUCAAUGUGUACAAUCUUCGCAAAGAAUUGUUAGGUGAAAAACACCCUGACACUUUGAUAACAAAAAGAAACAUUGGUAUUUGUUUGGUCAGUCAAAAGAAAUUCUCUGGAGCCAUGGAUAUAUACCAAAAUGUGUAUGAACAUCAAAGUAAAAUAUUUGGUGAGACACACCCAGACACAAUAGAGACAAGAAAUCAAACUGAUUUGUGUUUACGGGAAGUAUGCCUUAAUGAAGUUUACAGUGUCAGUCAGAAGUUGUUUAACAAACUUCGUCCUAUAAAUAAAUGGUAUUGCUAUUUGUUUACAUAACCAAGGGAAGUAUUCUGAUGCCAUGAUGUUGUACAUAAAGGUUCAGGAUAUGCAGACAAAGAUUUUAGGCUCAAAACAUCCAGAUACCCUACGCACACGAAGUAAUAAGACCAAAUGCUCUUUUAUGCAAAUAUUUUCUCUUGUUUAUUGGUGUUUAUUUUUUCUUGUAAUAACAUUGUGCACAGGAAGGGUUUACCUAUUGAACAAAUUGUGCUUCGGGAAGACGUUCUCUUUUAUUAUUACCAGCAACAAAACUUAAAUUUAAAAUAAACGAAUGGUGGCCUGAAAUAGAUUCUGAUUGUUUGUCAAGCUGUGGAAGAGUUUAUAAAAAGCAGACAAUAUUUUGGGUGAAGAUCACAUUCCGUUUUAUACACCAAAACACGCACUGGAAUUUUAUUGGUCAUGUGGUUUACUCAUAGCAAGUGAUGGAAGAGGUGCAUAAACCACAAUAAAUUUGUGAGGUGUAUCACAUUUAAUUAAUUUGUAUACUAAAAAUCUGUUCCGUUAUUUGAGAUGUAAUAUCCUUUCAGUUAAAUUUUAUAGUUGAUUUAUUCAUUAUUUCUUUUCUAUAUAUUUUUAGAUAAGUUAGAUGGAACUAAUUUUGCUUUACCAAAUUUUCAAAAAAAUGCUGAUGGCUUUGACUUUUUGUAGCUCUCCCAGUUUAAAAUCCGGAAACGUUAGAUUGUUUGAUUAAGCAUUCUGAAAAAGAGAAGUUUCAAAAUGUCAAUUAAUAAAAUUUUAAAAAAUCCCAAAAAAUUUGAAUUUCAUUGUGCAAAUUCUGGAAACUUAAAAAUGUCUUAAAAAACCCUGAAACUUCCUAGAAUUCAAAAAUAAUAAUCAUUUAUCUUUUCUAAGGUAUAUUUUAUCGUGUUUGAAUUGUGGUUGAAGUUACUGAGAAAUGAGAAAUACACAUGUUUUUUAUAAGAAACCAGUCCAGUACCGGUUGUUUCUUAUGUGGUUUCUUCGAUUUAUGAGAUAUUAAAUAGUCUGCUAGUGUCAUCUUUUUAGUUAACAUUUCUGCAUAAAGAAGUACUACAAUUUAUAACAAAGGUAACCCUUAGGAGUUAGCAAAAAUGUAGAAAAAUGUCCUAAAAAUUUCUUUUUUUUUAAAUAAAUAAGCUGCAUUAGCAAAAUUCCUAGGUUCCUUAUAAAGAGGGUUUUUUAAAAAAAUAAACAAGUAAUUAAUAACUUUUUGAGAUACGAUGCUUCAUAUUUUAGUAUACAAAGCAUUUUUCGUUGUCUACAUUGUAACCAUGGUUAUAAUAUUUUAGGACAUAGAAAGAAAAAAGCACCCUAAAAUGCACUAGUAAGUUUACAGUGAACCAUGAUUUAGUUCAUGUGUUGUCCCUGUUGUGUUGUUUCCUUGCAUGUCCCUCAAAAUAUCCCUUGUGUCUUCUAGUUUAAGACUAAAAGUAUUACAAGCAAUUGAUAUGACAUUAUUGCUACAAGAUGGUUUUUUCUCACAUUUUAAAGUACCUUAAGGGCGAUCAGGAAGUUUGUGGAAUUUAAUUUUGCAGGAAUAACUUUUUAGUGGAACUAAUUUUUGGCUUUAUUUUGAACAUGGCAUUUGUGCUUUAUAGACCAUAUAAAACAAAAGUUUACGACUAAUAGAACUUUUUUCUUCAAUUCCACAGAAUAAAUUUAGAGGUUUUUAAGGAUUUUAUCUUUGUGAUUGCGCAUGUCCUGACGAGUUUUGCAGAAUUUGGAUUAUACAAUUUAAGGUCAAAUUGCAAAUAUAAAAUCCACGAACAUUUGUGACCUUAAAGUUGAUAAGAAUUUUGACAUCAGGUAAAUAAAACACAUUCCUCUGUUUUGCACCAAAUACAUAUAUAUAUUAUAUUAAAAUAUUUUUUUGAUGUGUCAUUUUGUAUUUGUUUAAUAUUGGUUCUCUCUAAUUAAACUCUUAUUCAGACAUUGCACCUAUUUACUGAUAUACACGAUAUAAAAUGGUAAAGCAUUGUAAUUGUUAUGUUUUACAUGUUUAAAAUGAAUUGUGUUUUUUUGUGCGUAUACAAAAGAUGAAUGAUUUUUUGAAUGAUGUUUUGGAUUAAGUGAAUGGAUUUUGGUUGUUGGGUAAGUUUAACUGUUAUAUUUUUCUAAAAGAAGUGCUAUCAGAUGGAUUGUAUUUUAUUACAUCUGUUAUUACAUUAUACAUUUAUAACUUAAAAUUAGUGUGUAUAUAAAAUGUAUAUAACUUGUUUAUCAUAUAGUUAGGUGUUUCUCGCACUGUGAUUGGCUAACCCACACGAAAUAUAUGCUAUAUGUUUUUUCUACUGAUAAACUAGUGCAAUCUUUA